AUGGUUAAGCACAUUGGGUUUAGAGAAUUUGUGGGUUCUCUUCAACCCAUGUUUAAAGUUGUUUCAAGAAACACUUUGAAGAGUGACAUUCUUAACAUUUAUGAUAAUGAGAGGGAGAAAGCUUUGAAAAUUUUGGACAAUAAUGGAAGUAGAAUAGCAAUCACAAUUGAUAUGUGGACUUCAAAUAACAAAAAGAAAGGGUUCGUGGUUAUUGCUGCUCACUUUAUCGAUCAAACUUGGACUUUGCAAAGUCGGGUUUUAAGGUUUGUUUAUGUUCCUUCUCCACACACAAAAGUUGUCCUUACUGAUAUCCUUGUAGAUUGUUUUUUACAGUGGAACAUUGAUAGCAAGUUGUCUACAGUAACUGUUGAUAAUUAUAGCACCAAUGAUGCCAUGAUGAAACUUCUCUUGAAUAAGCUUGACAUUAGUUCUCUUUUGUUGCAUGCAUCUAUGUUGCAUAUUGUCAGAAAUAGAGACCACGUAGUGGAAUUUUAA